GCGCGCGCCGUCGGGGAAAUAGUACCCGGCGGAGUGAUCCGGCGCGCGGGGGCGGGGCCGUCGGGGGUAUAUCUGGGCAGGAGGGGGCCGGGUGGCGCAGUUGCGCCUGUGUGAAAUCAAGGGGUUGGGUGCUGUCGCUUGGCCUGUGAGCCCCUCGAGAAAAUGCAGAUCUUCGUGAAGACCCUCACUGGCAAGACCAUCACCCUUGAAGUCGAGCCCAGUGACACCAUCGAGAAUGUCAAGGCCAAGAUCCAGGAUAAGGAAGGCAUUCCCCCCGAUCAGCAGAGGUUGAUCUUUGCAGGCAAGCAGCUGGAAGAUGGGCGCACCCUUUCUGACUACAACAUCCAGAAGGAAUCCACUUUGCAUCUUGUGCUGCGCCUGAGAGGUGGCAUGCAGAUCUUUGUGAAGACCUUGACAGGCAAGACCAUCACCCUGGAAGUUGAGCCCAGUGACACCAUUGAGAAUGUUAAGGCCAAGAUCCAGGAUAAGGAAGGCAUUCCCCCCGAUCAACAGAGGCUGAUCUUUGCAGGCAAGCAGCUGGAAGAUGGGCGCACCCUCUCUGACUACAACAUCCAGAAGGAAUCCACUUUGCAUCUUGUGCUGCGCCUGAGAGGUGGCAUGCAGAUCUUUGUGAAGACCUUGACAGGCAAGACCAUCACCCUGGAAGUCGAACCCAGUGACACCAUUGAGAAUGUCAAGGCCAAGAUCCAGGAUAAGGAAGGCAUUCCCCCAGAUCAGCAGAGGCUGAUCUUUGCAGGCAAGCAGCUGGAAGAUGGGCGCACCCUUUCUGACUACAACAUCCAGAAGGAAUCCACUUUGCAUCUUGUGCUGCGCCUGAGAGGUGGCAUGCAGAUCUUUGUGAAGACCUUGACAGGCAAGACCAUCACCCUGGAAGUUGAGCCCAGUGACACCAUUGAGAAUGUUAAGGCCAAGAUCCAGGAUAAGGAAGGCAUUCCCCCCGAUCAACAGAGGCUGAUCUUUGCAGGCAAGCAGCUGGAAGAUGGGCGCACCCUCUCUGACUACAACAUCCAGAAGGAAUCCACUUUGCAUCUUGUGCUGCGCCUGAGAGGUGGCAUGCAGAUCUUUGUGAAGACCUUGACAGGCAAGACCAUCACCCUGGAAGUCGAACCCAGUGACACCAUUGAGAAUGUCAAGGCCAAGAUCCAGGAUAAGGAAGGCAUUCCCCCAGAUCAGCAGAGGCUGAUCUUUGCUGGCAAGCAGCUGGAAGAUGGGCGCACCCUCUCUGACUACAACAUCCAGAAGGAAUCCACUCUGCAUCUUGUGCUGCGCCUGAGGGGUGGUAACUGAAGCGGGCAGUUGUUGCUCCCUGCCAAGUAAAAGUUUGUCCAUACUUGUUCAUUCCAAUAAAGGUGUUGCAUCCACAAAA